UUUUCACUCUCUCAAGUCUUAACAUUACAAUGCUAUUUCUCAUUCUAAUCACCAUUUUCACUGCACUUUUUCUUUACUUCCUCCUCCACCUCCGCCGCGGCAGCUCACGGCGUCUUCCGCCGGGACCUAAGCCAUGGCCUAUCGUCGGAAACUUACCCCACUUAGGCCCCAAGCCACACCAAACCAUGGCUAAUUUGGCUCGUACUUACGGACCUCUGAUGCACCUUCGCAUGGGGUUCGUUGAUGUGGCUGUGGCUGCAUCUGCGUCGGUUGCAGCUCAGUUCUUGAAAGUUCAUGACAUUAACUUCUCUAAUCGGCCGCCGACGACCGGCGGUAAACAUAUUGCUUAUAAUAACCAAGACCUGGUUUUUGCACCUUAUGGUCCACGGUGGCGUUUGCUUCGGAAGAUUUCCUCCGUUCAUCUUUUCUCUAAUAAGGCUUUGGAUGAUUUUAGACACGUUAGAGAGGAAGAAGUGGCAGUACUCACGCGUGCCUUAGCAAGUGAAAGCAAAACCCCAAUAGAUUUAGGACAAUUACUGAACGUGUGCGUAACAAACGCAUUAGGACGCGUGAUGAUAGGCAGAAGAGUCUUCAGCGACGAUAUUCGCGGCGGCGCCGCAAAAGAAGCAGAUAAUUUCAAGUCAAUGGUGGUGGAGCUGAUGAAAUUGGCCGGAGUAUUCAACAUCGGAGAGUUUAUUCCGGCACUAGAAUGGCUAGACUUACAAGGAGUAACAUCUAAAAUGAAGAAGUUACAUAAAAGAUUUGAUGCAUUUUUGAGUGAAAUUGUGGAGGAUCACAAGACCAGCCAUGGCAGUGAAUUAAAACACAAUGAUUUGUUAAGUACAUUAAUUUCUUUGAAGGAGGACGAUGAUGCUCAUGAAGGAGGCAGACUCACCGACAUUGAAAUCAAAGCAUUAUUAUUGGAUCUGUUUACAGCAGGAACUGAUACAACAUCAAGCACAGUAGAGUGGGCUAUUGCAGAGCUUAUCAGGCACCCAAAAAUCCUAGCUCAAGCCCGGCUCGAGCUUGAUUCAAUUGUGGGUUCAGACCGACUCGUAACCGAGUUGGAUCUGACCCAACUCCCUUACCUACAAGCAGUAGUCAAAGAAACAUUCAGAUUGCACCCAUCAACUCCAUUAUCUCUACCUAGAAUAGCCACCAAUAGUUGUGAAAUAAAUGGCUAUUACAUUCCAAAAGGCUCUACCCUUUUGGUAAAUGUAUGGGCUAUAGCCCGCGAUCCAGACGUGUGGACCGACCCGCUAGAGUUUCGGCCCGAACGAUUUUUACCGAGCGGUGAAAAGUGCAAUGUGGAUUUUAAGGGAAACGAUUUCGAGUUAAUACCGUUUGGUGCUGGACGAAGAAUAUGUGCCGGAAUGAGCUUGGGGCUGAGGAUGGUUAGUCUAUUGAUGGCAACUUUAAUUCAUGCAUUUGAUUGGGAGUUGGGAAAUGGAAUGAAAGCUGAGGAAUUGAAUAUGGAAGAAGCUUAUGGGCUCACUUUACAGCGUCUUGAGCCAUUGAUGGUGCACCCUAAGCCAAGGCUAUCACCAAAUGUAUAUGGUUAAUUAUGGUGCAUAAUUUGCUUGAACCAUAUGAUUGUUAAAUGCGAGUUGGGAGUUACUUAACAAAAUAAAAACAAUGGGUUUAUACUAUUUGUCUAUGAGUUUGUAAUUUCAAUCCAUAUUUAAUUUAAUCACUUUAUAUA